UCCCUGGCAGGGAGUGGGCGGAGAUUCCAGCUGGAAGCAAACCGAGAAAGCAACGCUCAAAUCUGAAAGGAAAAUCACAGUUGAGCGCAGUUUUUGUUCGUGUAAUUUGGGACGGGAUUUUUUCUUCUUUUAGCGAUCUUUGAGUGGAUUUGAAACGAGAGGUGCUAUGAAGCUGAAGUGUGAGAGCAGUUGUCAGCUGAGGGUAGAGUAGACGUGGAAGGCUGCAGAGGCGUCAGACACUGAAGCCUGAGUUAAGAGAGCAGAUCAACAGGACGGUGCAGAGCGCUGACUCUCACACUUGAAGACAAUGGAACUGCUGUCCCUCACCUCACACGGAUCAUUCACUGUGAUGAGCCCCAAACCCGCGUGUCUGUGGAUGUGAAAUGGUCUAAACACGCCACACUGUUUUGAUUUGCACGGAUCAGCUGGACUUAUUCUGGUGAGCGCGCUGAUGGGAGAGUAACACGGUGCCAUCGGUUCCUGAAGAGAUACGAAGCCGGUGUUUCCCUAAGCCUUUAAAAACACCCACAGGGACACCAUGUGGAGCCUCGGGACGUGGAUGUUGCAGGCGGCUCUGUGUUGCGUGCUUCUGCAAACAGUGCUGCCCAGUGCCAGAGGUCUCAACAUGUGCAUGAGUGGCAGUGCUACUUCCUGUGAAGAAUGCCUCCUGAUUCACCCCAGUUGCGCCUGGUGCGCACAAGAGGAUUUUGGAAGGGGGCGCAGUCUGACAUCACGGUGUGACUUUAGUCAAAACCUGUUGAAGAGAGGCUGUGACGAACACUUCAUUGAAUACCCAACCAGCAGCAUCAACGUCCUGCAGAACAUACCCCUAAGUUCAAAAGGGUCUGGGUCAACCCAGUAUGAUGUGGUCCAGAUUAUGCCACAGAAGAUCUCUCUCAGCCUGCGACCCGGAGACCAGACGUGGUUCAGCCUGCAGGUGCGGCAGGUGGAGGACUACCCGGUGGAUCUCUACUACCUGAUGGACCUCUCUCUUUCAAUGAAAGAUGAUCUGGACACCAUUCGCAACCUGGGCACUAAGCUAGCCCACGAGAUGGGCAAGCUCACCAGCAAUUUCAGGCUAGGCUUCGGCUCAUUUGUGGACAAAAACAUGUCCCCGUUCUCCUACAUGGCACCAAAGUACCAGGAGAACCCAUGCAAUGGGUACAAGCUGUUUCCCAACUGUGUCCCCAGCUUUGGUUUCCGCCACAUCCUCUCGCUGACUGACAAAGUGGACCGUUUUAACGAGGAGGUGCAGAAGCAGAUGGUAUCUCGCAAUAGAGACGCACCGGAGGGCGGCUUUGACGCCAUCCUUCAGGCUGCUGUUUGUAAGGAAAAAAUAGGCUGGAGGAAAGAGGCCCUUCACCUGCUGGUGUUCGCCACAGACGAUGUACCUCACCUCGCUCUGGACGGCAGGCUCGGUGGUCUUGUCCAUCCCCACGAUGGACAGUGUCACCUCAAUGACAACAACGAGUACAGCGCUUCCACAAAGAUGGACUAUCCUUCUCUGGCUCUUCUCGGGGAGAAACUGGCAGAAAACAACAUCUUCCUCAACUUUGCUGUGACAAAAAGGCUGUACGUGAUCUACAAGAAUUUUACUGCACUCAUCCCAGGGACCACAGUAGAAAUCCUUGAUCAGGAUUCCAAGAAUGUCAUCCAGCUGAUUAUUGCAGCCUACAAUAACAUCCGUUCGAAAGUAGAACUGUCAGUGUGGGACCACCCAGAGGACCUCAGCCUUUCCUUCACUGCCACCUGUCAGGAUGGAAACCCACUGCCAGGCCUCAGGAAGUGUGCUGACCUGAAGAUAGGAGACACUGUCUCGUUCAACGUCAGUGUGGAGGCGAGGAGCUGUCCUCCCCGUGGGACUGACCGCAGAUUCACAAUCAAGCCGGUGGGCUUUAAAGACCGCCUGGAAGUGGCCGUGGAUUACGAGUGUGACUGCGGCUGCAGCCGGAAUGCACAAAACAAUAGCGUCAUCUGCAGCUCCAUAGGUACUUAUAACUGUGGGACUUGCCAAUGUGAGCCCGGCUACCUGGGUGCCCGCUGUGAAUGCCAGGAGGGUGAGACAAGCAACAUGUUUCUCAGCGCCUGCCGGGAAUCCGAGGGCAAACAGAUCUGCAGUGGACGAGGCGAGUGCAGCUGCAACCAGUGCCUGUGCUAUGAAUCGGAGUUCGGAAAGAUCUACGGCAGCUUCUGCGAGUGCGACGACUUCUCCUGUGCUCGACACAAAGGCAUCCUCUGCUCAGGUCAUGGUGAGUGUCACUGUGGGGAGUGUAAAUGCCAUGCCGGUUACAUUGGCGACAACUGCAACUGCUCGACAGAAACAUCGGGCUGCAUUUCAGAUGACGGGCAGAUGUGCAGCGGGCGAGGCAGCUGUGUGUGCGGCCGCUGUCAGUGCACUGAGCCCGGAGCCUUUGGAGAAACCUGCGAAAAAUGCCCCACUUGCCCCGAUGCCUGCGGCACAAAGAGGGAGUGCAUUGAGUGCCGGCUUUUCAAUUCUGGAAGGCUUGCGGACAAUGAGACUUGCCAGCGACAGUGCAAGGAUCACAUCAUCCCUGUGGAGACUCUCAAAACUGACGAGCCCGGCGCUGUGCUUUGUUUGUACAAGACAGACGACGAUUGUGUCAUGAAGUUCACAUAUUCUGAGCACGCCAGCGGACAAUCUAUACUCUCAGCUCUUAAAGAGCCAGAGUGCGUCAGGGGACCAGAUGCCCUGAUGGUGCUGGUGGCAGUGGUUGGGAGCAUCUUGUUGGUAGGACUGUUGCUGCUCGCUGCCUGGAAGCUGGUCAUCACUAUCCACGACCGGCGUGAGUUUGCCCGCUUCCAGAGCGCCCGCUCGCGUGCCCGAUAUGAAAUGGCCUCUAACCCUCUGUACAAGCACCCCAUCUCUACACAUUUUGUGGAAACAGAUUUCAGCAUGUACAGCAAGUCCUACAAUGGAGGGCUCCACUGAUCCCUCAGUACAGGGCGCGGCGGGACCGGUCCAACAAGUAGAUCAAGGAGACGUGCCUGAGGUGGAUGGUGGACUGAGCACACUCACCCGUCUGCACAGUGCACACCCACGGCGAUGGCAGAAGAGAAAUGACUUAAAGUGUGUUCAAAGAGAAGUCUGUGGCCUUUUUUUGUUUUAUUUUCACCCGGGAGAUUCAAACCACCUGUGUCUGUGCUUCACCGAACAAAUUAACACCACCCUCGUCGUGAUCGGGAUACAGAGUGAUUAGGGUUAGAAGUGAGCUCGUCUGCAGUUAUUCAUCAUAGACCAACUUGUGGAAACCAUAACUCCAGCCACAUAAAAGCGCUGCUCAUUCUGUACAGAUCAGGCAAGAUAUUGGCUUCUCUUUGUAUAUUUUUGUAGGUGUUGAAGAUGCAUUUUUAGCACAGACUGCGCACCCAGCACGACUCUGAACUGCAGAUGAUUCCAAUUCACAUGAUUCUUAAAAAGCACAUAUUUCUGAGGGGCCGGGGCUAUUAAAAUGUUUGGUACUACUAA